AUGGCAUCGAAGCUUCGGGAGGCGGAGGAGAACCUGCACAAGGCAGAGAAGCACUUGAAGACGUCCAUGUUUCGAUGGAGUGCAGACUGUAUGAGCGCGGCGCCAUACUUGGAGAAAGCCGCGGAAGGAUUCCGCGCCGGGCAAGACUUUGCUCGAGCGUCGACGACGUACGUGCGCCUCGCUGAGGUCCAACACAAGAACCAAGCGACCUUCCGUGCGGCGAUGCACAUGGAAACCGCAGCCAAGUUGCAUUUGCAGUACGCCCCCAAGCAGCCCGAGACGGCCAAGGAAUACUACCACACGGCGGCGUCGUACUAUGGCGAAACUGGGGAACUCGGCAAGGCCGCAGAGAUGCUGCUCAAGGGUGCAACAGCGUUGGAAGAGGUCGGACACACCGAUAUCAAGCAGAUGUACCUCGAAGCAUGCGAUCUCAUGGAAGCACAGGACAAGCCGCAUUUUGCCGUCGAUGUGUUUCGGAAGACUGCGGGCUUUCUCCUGAAGAAGCGCAAAGCGUACGACGAAGUCGUGGCCAGCUACACCAAGCAAAUCCAGCUCUUCCAAGCGAUCGAUCAGAAGGAAAACAUGUACAAAGCAUUCGCGAGCAUUGUCGUGCUGCAUUUGGCCAAGCCCGACGUCGUCGCCGCCGAUCAAGCGUACAUGCAGCAUCUCCAGGACGACGGGACUUGA